AUGGUAAAAGAAAUGGUUUCUUCAAAUCUCAGAGAGGGGUUAAGCAAGGUGACCCAAUCUCGCCUAGUCUCUUCAUUAUUGCUUCUGAAGUGCUACCAAGGUUGCUCAAUAAGCUAUGAGGGGGGCAUUGGUGUAAGAUCUCUGCAAGAAAUUACAGAAUCCUUCUCUGCUAAGCUAUGGUGGACUUUCAGAACAGCCGAGUCCUUAUGGACCAAGUUUAUGAAGGCCAAAUAUUCUAUGAGAAUUCACCCGAUGGCUAGAAAGUGGAACUAUACUCAUUCACACACAUGGAGAAGACUCAUGAAGAUUAGAGACAAAGUGGAUCAUCUAAUCCAUUGGAAGAUCAAUAAAGGCAAUUCUAACAUCUGGUGGGAUAACUGGAUGGGGACUGGAAAACUUGCUCGGCUUAACACUAAUACCUCCAUCAACAGCCCCUUACACCACUAUAUCCACCACAAGGAGUGGGACAUGAAUAAGCUUUUAAAAGUUUUCCCUCUUGAGAUGGUGAACAACAUUCAGAAUAUUAAAAUCCAUUCCUUAGAUAAUAGUGAUCUCCCUAUAUGGACUCCAACCUGCGAUAGGAAGUUCACCUGUAAAUCCGCAUGGAAUGCUAUGAGAGAGGCUAAUCUUACCUCUCUGGUCAACAAAAAGAUGUGGCAUAAAAAAUGCCAUUCAAAAUCUCCUUUUUCAUCUGGGGAUUGCUCAGGAACAGAACUGCUGUUUGGUCAUCAGGAGACCCAGGAACACCUCUUCCAUGAUAGCAUGAUCAGCAAAGAUAUCUGGAAAGAAAGGUGCAAAAGCAGAUUUGAAGAUAUCAAGAUGUCCAAGGCUAGAGUAAUAAGCAACACUUAUCAACAGAUGGUGCUAUUGGUCCACAAGCAAUUCAACACAAUCAAUCCCUUCAUGCACUGGAGUAAUUUCAUGGAAAUCACAGAACAAGCAAAACCUCUCUUUAAAACAACUGCUGUAAAAUGGAAUUUCCCUGGACUUGGGACCCUAAAGCUGAACUCAGAUGGAUGCUCAAAAGGGAACCUAGGUCCCAGUGGAGGGGAAAGUGAUUCUAAGCUUCUGGUUGAGUGGAUCACUGGCAAGUCUAAACCCCCAUGGAGUUUGAUGGACAUGGUGGAACUGAUUCAACACAACCUAGAAUCUAUUCAAGACAAAACAAUUCAUCACAUUUACAGAGAAUGCAACAAGCUUGCGGACAGCCUUGCCAACUGGGGACUGAGCCAUAGACACACCAUAUGGAUGAACAACUUUCAAGAACUACCAAGAGAAACAAGAGGAGAGCUGAAAGUUGACAAAAUGCAAAUACCAUCUUUUAGGAAUUCCAUUGUUAAAAACUCUUUCUACAUGUAUAGAUCAAUGUAUAGGAAUUUCCUGUUUGAUGUGCCUUGA